UUUUUUAUGUCCAAAAACAAAUCAGCUCUUCACUGUCGCAACUCACAAUCUUCUUCUUCUUCACAAAAUCGCUUCGAUUCCGUCACGAAUUUUUGAUUGGAUUUCUGGGUUCUUUCUAAGAAAGCAGUCGACGUGUUGAUAAAAUCAACGAAGAAGAUCCUUCGUGCGUCUUCUUCCUCCUCUCUGUUUUGGGUUUUUAGAGUUUAUCUUCGAAAGUGAAAUUGAUUGAAUUUAAAAGGAUUUUUCCAGUAGCUGAAAAUUGAGGUCGAUUUGAACCGAGGAGUCCAAGCUUCCACAAGAAAUUGAUUUGGAAGAUCAUAAUACCACCGGAAGACUUGCUUUAAACACCAUGAGUGUCAAAACGCUUGAAAUGAAAAUGCAUAUGCACACGUUUCUGGCUUGGAAAUUGGACCCAAGAGUGUCUGCGCUUGUGGAAUCACAUGUUUCGGUGGGUUUUGAAAUUCAAAAAUGGUCUUUAUAGGCAAGAUAGUAAUCUUCUUAGUGCCCUUGCCUCGAUGUAUGAUGAGAGUAAAGAUCAUUUCGUCAUUGGGAAUCCUAAGAUGGAUAUUGAUUUUGGUCUAGAAGACGUUUUAUAUAUUACAGGUCUUCCAACUGACGCAGAACAUGUUUCAGGAUAUGAGAGUCAAAACAUCAAGGGUACAAUCAUGGAGCAUUUUAAGAUAAAUGAAGAGAAGGCUGAGUCAUUAAUGAUGAACUCCGGUAACAGUAUUGAUCUCUCAAGAUUGAAGUUUGAAUUUGAGAUGGUACCACAAGAGGAGGAUAUUGACUUAGAGCCUUAUUUCAAGGCUUAUCUCCUCUUUUUGUUGGGAGAAUUCAUUCACCCAAACAACAGCUGCUCUUAUUCUCCCAUGUACCUACCACUGCUUGGAUUGAAUGUUGUCAACCACUAUGCUUGGGGAGCAGCUAUGUUGGCGAAUAUGAAAGAAUCUAUAGAAAAAGUGAAGAAAGUUGGGAAAUUCACAAGCUUAUGUGGUUUUUCGUACGCCCUCACGGUAUUUGCAUUAGAGCGGUUUCCAUUCCUUAGAGAAAGAUGUGGAUCAUCACCUCUAUAUUCUCUACCAUCCGGAUUUCCCUUGAUUUUGGGGUGGAUGGAGGCGUUGUGUAAACCGAAUAAAGACACGAAAAAUGUAAAGUCUGUGGGAUACUACAAAAAGAAGCUUCAAGACAUGGAAGAAAAAGACAUUUUGGAUAAGAAAGUGAUAAAUGUGGAUGAAGAAAAACCUCAAUCUUCAAUGGUGGUGGAGCAAGCAGUUGAACUGCCUGCUGGCUUACUCGAAGAUAUAUGCUACCCAUCAAGAAAUGAUCCAAACUUUGUUAACGUGCAUUGUAAAGAUCUUGAGUGCCUUGCUCCUCAAAAAUUUCUGAGAUCACCGGUUAUGGAUUUCUACAUCAGGAAUUGGUGGAAGAGUAGUGACAUAUUCCGUAAGGCUUAUAUAUUUAUACCAAUACAUGAAGAUUUGCACUGGAGCCUAGUAAUAAUUUGCAUCCAUGAUAAGGAAGAUGAAUCCGGAUUGACUAUACUUCACCUCGAUUCAUUAAGAUUUCAUUCGAGAAGAAGAAUUGUUGAAAAUGUCAAAAGUUUUCUAGAAUAUGAAUGGAACUAUGUGAAACAAGGUGAUUAUUCCCUGGAUUUACCAGUCUCGAAACAAAUAUGGGAAACUUUCCUGCAUAGUAUCAACAAUGUUGAUAUAGAGGUUCCGCAACAGAAGAAUGAUUUUGACUGUGGUGUGUUUGUUCUCUUCUUCAUUAAACGGUUCAUAGAAGUGGCACCUCAAAGGCUGAAAAAGAAAGACCUUGGAAUGUUCAACAAGAAUUGGUUUAGGCCGGAUGAAGCCUCUGCUCUGAGAAUUAAAAUCCAAAACACGCUCAUUGAUCUAUUCCGUGUCGGUGAUAAUCUCCUUCAGGAGCCAAUAAAGGUCUAUGGGAGGAAGAGGAAGAAACAGAGUAAAGGGAUAGUGGAUAAUGUGCCGGUUGCACUUGAUCGUCUGGUGGGUAAUACGCCGGUUGCACUCAGGACACAAAAUCAACUUGCAAAUGUAGGGAGGUCCCAAUAUGGACGCCUGUAUGUGCAACCAGACUGUUUCACGCCGGCCACAUAUAAAAAGUCAUUGUCCUUUGGAGUUUGCUAAGGAGUUGAUCCUUCUACGUCUCUCUUUUUCAGAACUCUUAAGCGUAGAUUCCUGACUUGGUUCUGAUGUUUAAGUCACAACCCCUUUUUUCCGAUCUCGUCGAAUUUCUCAGCUAGUUCAUUAAACUUAUUCUAAAGUUUCUACAACUCUUCCUCUUUCCUGUUUUUAUAAUCCUUAAGACAUAAGCUAGAUCCACUUAUAAAGGCUUUAACCAA